AUGACACAGAAGCAGGGGCAGCUGACAGUUGGAGUCAUUGGACCCGCCGGCUUUGGAGGCUCAUACCUCUGUGUCGAACUCAUCAGCCGCGGCCACCGCGUAAUCGGCUUGUCGCGCAACCCCCAGAAGCUGGGUUCGCAUCUUCUGUAUGAACCACGGAAUGUUGAUCUUGCUUCUGUGAGUGAGGUAGAGCUGGUUUCAGCUUUCAGCGACGUUGAUGUCCUGGUAUGCGAAUAUGGGCCUCAUACCGCAGGACAUGAGGCACUCAAGUACAUGCCGUUUAUCGAAGUGAUCAGAAAGAUAAUCCUCGCCGUCAAACGGGCUAGGCUUGGUUAUUUUAUUAUGCUUGGGGGCACCGGUAGCCUUCAUGUUCCUCAUGAGGAUGGCGUCUGCGCGGCCGAUAGCAAAGACUUUUUUCUCGCCUACAGACGAGCGAUCGCUGAUAGCCAUGCACACGUUACUUAUAUGGAGGAAAGGCUUGGUCCACUCGGCGUGAAUCUCAGAGCCUACCGCAACGCUCGCCUUGCCCUACGCGAAAACGAUGACGAGAAAAAGAAGACUGCAAGUCGUGUCAUCAGCGAGUACGAGGCCAAGUUGCGGGAGGGUGAUGAUGCAGCAGAGUUCAUCAAGGCAGCAAGAACCACGGUCAUGUUCUUCGACGGUAACAGAUCAUUUGACUGGACAUAUGUUUCACCGAGCGCAUUAUAUCGCCCUGGCAAGCGCACAGGAACGUACGAGAUUACCAUUAAUAACUUGCCUCUGACGGGGGAGAUUCGGGGUGAAAAUCGCUUGGAUGGUCGUUUGAUGGGUAUUUCUGCUGCAGACCUUGCCAUAGCUAUCGCGGAUGAAGUGGAGACACGAAGGCACAUUUACCAGCACUGGACAGCUACAUCUGACCUCUCAGAUGAUAGCCCAGCGCCAGCCUAUCUCACCUUGAGUUCAGACAGUUAG